AUGACAUACUCACGGCAAAGCUCUGUCAUUGAAUCUGUGAAAGACGAACCAAAAGGUUCUGAUAUGGUGUCUUCUGUGAGUGCUGAAGUCGAAGAUCUGACCAUCAAAGCUGAAGAAGGGAGCAGUGCUGAAGCAGAAGGCGAAGAACAGCAAGAACGCUUAAAGAAGGAAGAGAAAGCGGAGGAUAAGAGGGAGGAAGAAGAGCAGAAGUCCCAGGAAGAGCAGCAGGGACCGAUACCGAAUGUCGACUCGAGAUCCGAGAAGAAAGCGGAGGAACCGAAACCAACAAAAGAACUGCUCCCCCUUGCGGUCGGAAAAUGCGACCCAGAAAAGCGAGCUGCUGUCCCCAUCGUGGCUGUUGCUCCUACCGUAUCAGUGAAAUCUGAUGUUGUUCAGCAGAAAGAAAAGGAGCUAAAUGAGGAGGAUGUCCCAGAAAAGCCGAGCAUGGACUACCGAAUUUUGGAGCCAAAUCAGCAGGUUUCCGUGCAAUCUCUGCCGACAGCUGACGCUACAAGUCCCAUAAAGCUUGAUUGUACAUUUUGUCGCAGUCUUGGCAAACCUGAGGAGGUCUGUACGUCACAUAUUAUUCGCGCAGCAGAUGGGAAGGUCACCUGCCCAGAACUGCGUAAACGUACUUGCAGUUUAUGCGGAGCAACUGGUGACAACUCUCAUUCCGCUGUUUUUUGUCCACUGAAGACGCAGCAGCCGAUUGGAGAACCAGUAAGUGAUGCUCCAAGGAUAGCUCAUACCGCACCGCAGAGACAAAACCCAGGCUAUAACAAGCCAAUGGUCUUUGAAAGACGAGGCGAAGGUGUUGGAUAUCGCGGCGGGUACAGAAAUCCUGGGCAUCGAGGAGGAUAUCAUCAGGCAUGGUCGAGGCGGAGGACGCUACCAAUCAGGAAAUCGUCGCUACAACUGAAGCACAACAGCUCCGGUGCCAUUCUGCUUCAGAAGCGGACGGGAACAACAGAUGUGCACGAUGAUGCAAUUCGUAGUCGGGUUCCAUAUUACUAG